AUGGCGAUGGUCCCAGACUUCCAGAGUCCACCCCCUUCAUCUUCAUCCCAUCAACACCAACUUGCGACUACCACGCUUCAGGUUGGUGGUAGCCUCCACACCACCAACCAGACUUCUGGCGGCCAAUGGCUGACAGCAGAAGGUAGAGCUCCAUCCAAUGAGCAAGUAUGGCAGGCACCGCUACGUACAUGUGCAGUGCACCCUUUCAAGAAUGCUGGAUCACCACCAUCAUCCCGAAUUAAUUCAACGUGGGCUGUCUCGGACGCCACGAUCAUCGCAAGCCAUUUCCCGUGGAUGGGUGCCGACCAUAGAGCCGUCUUUUCAAGACACGCUUCUUCUGCAACCCUUACAAAAUGCCAUGCUGCGAGGGCUGGCAUUGUCCUUGGGGCACUCGAUACAUUGGACCGUAUCGCGCGCAGACACCAAGUGUCUUGCCGCGAGACUGCAAACCUGACGGAUGGAAAAGUGCUCGAAACUAUGAAUGCAUUCAGACUGUGUCCCAACGGCGGUUUACGGGCUGCGAGGUCGUGCUCAAUCGCGCGACUCCUCGGACGUAUGCGCCCUCAACCCCCCCGCCUAAGCCAAAAGUCUCGGAGGCAGCUCCGGUAUCCGGCUAUGCCUCGCUGCAUAGGGCCGGACAAUCACACCACCAUGACCGCCUCGGUUGACAGCGAUUUCUUGCCAAGUUUACUGCUGCUUAACGAAAAAAAUAUCUGCCGUAUCCAAAUAACGUCGCAGACGUAA